AUGUUCAACUUUAUUGACCUUUACGACUAUCCCGACGUUACAAUUGAACACGGCGACUGCAUUGACCUUAUUGCAACCAUAACUUGGGAUCUGAAACAAUGUAGCAAAACGUUCGUCCAGCUACUACACGAUCGAGCUACAGCAUUCGCUUCAUGUGCACAAUUCGACCUGGCCCAACGAGAUGCAACGGCUAUGCGAGUUAUCGACCCUUCUUCACCUCUUGGAUACUUGUGUGGUGGUUUCAUCUGUGGAAUACAAGGACGUCAAAGAGCUGCUGUUGACAUGUAUGACAAGGGGCUACGAUCAGUGCCAUGGGACGAUCCAGGAUACAUCUUGCUAGAAAAGGCGAGACACGAAGCCAAACGCUUGGACAGCAAACGCAUCGAUUUCAUCAGCCAAUUGCCAAUGGAUGUGGUGACAAAGAACAUUGUGCCGAGGAUACUGGAUCAUGAAUCAUCAUCGUCAUUGUUGCUGCAACAAGUGAGUAAAGUUUGGCAAGAAAGGGUGUUGCUAGGCACAUCUUCAGGCAUGGGAUUUGUUCAGCGUGAGCAAGAAGAAUCAGUCACCGUACUGCAUAUAGAAGAAACUGUUGCACUGCCAUCCAGCAUAUUGAUUGAGAGGUUCAAAGCAGUUGGCGAUACGCUCAGUCAUCUUACUUUACACUUUGAACAAGGUGCUCGACCAGAAACACCAUUGUCGUUGUACGAGAUCUUGAUCACAUGCCCAAAUUUGUCGUAUUUGGAUGCCGAGUGCCUGGAUGUCGCCAUCACUACCACCACCACAACAGCAACAGCAACAGCAACGUACCCAAAAAUGACGGCAUUACACGUUUAUGACAGCUUGACACCCAUCAAAGCACAUGAAAUGGAUACUCUCUUGUCACGCUUUCCUUCCUUGAUCUCGUUAACAGCACACCCAUGCCAAGCAUCCAGCCCAUUGACAAACGUACUCCAUCUUUGCCCACAACUACAAUCGCUUGUGUACGUAGGAGAUGAAGUUUUCACCUAUCCAGCGCACCAUGUCGAUUACAAUAUACAACCUACGACACAGCACAACAAUACAGGAAUUCGGGCUCUAAGCAUUGGAGACAACAGUGGCGAUUAUUCCCUUGAUAAUAUCAUGAAAACCUUGUUGCAGCAUUCAACAUCUCUGGAAACUCUUUACAUCGAUGCUACUUUUAGUGGAUCAAGCCUAUUACUUGACAUUGUUGAAAAGGAGGAUAUCGUAUUCGAGCGAAUGAAAGGAUUGCGACUUUUCCUUGGUGCAAACGAGAAUGAUACGUUACGGCUGGUUCGAUGGAUGUUCCAACACGCUCCCUUCUUGGAAUAUGUGGAAUUGGGUGGUAGCUCGGUGUACCAUGCUCUUUUUGAAACAACGUUCUCGUUUCCCAACCUCUCAAGCAUCGAACUAUACCUCGACACAUUGGAUCCUUCUCUAGUGUCAAAGCUAAAGGAAAGACUUCCCAACGUGACCUGUAUAGGCGAGGAUGGGGUAAUUCAAAGCUGA